AUGAAGUCCAAGAGUGUCAUGGCCGCUUCAGCGAUGAUGGAGCUUGCACUUGCUCAAGCUUCUGCUGAUCCUCUCUGCUCAGCCGUCAUCAAUCUCCAGCCUGUUGAAUAUCAGUUCCAGCAGCCUAUCCUCAUCGACUCCUUCUUCCCUGCCAACACCGACAUUGUCCUUGAUGAUGGUCUUGUUGUACAUGUCACGGAUGCUCCCACGUCUUUGAGCACUGUCCUUACUGAUGUCUCGACUAGCUUGACUACACUUACCAGUGUUACCGACGGAAACGGUUCUCCUCCGGAUGCAGGCUACCUGACCUUCACCAUUCCUGCGAACCCUGACGAUAUUGGCAAUCAUCCUGUCACCAAGACCUAUCCCCCCACUGAGCCGGGACAACCGGGUGUUGUGAUCAUCCAAGUCCCAACAUCUCCUCCUAGAGGUAACGGGAUCUCCAUCCCUUCUGCCCCAUAUGUCACGGUCACUACCACUGGAGACUUCCCUUCUCUUACUACCACAACUAUCACGCCUGAUAGGCCGGGAGCAACUGGUAGUGUCAUCAUCGAGGUCCCAAACUCUAAGACUGCUUCUCCUCCAGCAUCUUACGUAACCGUCACCACUACAGGAAACCUUUCUCCCACUGAUGACCCACGCACGAGCACUAUUCCACCCGGCAACCCUACCGAUCCUGGUACAGUCAUUAUUGUCGUUCCAAGCUCCCAGGCUCCGCCUGCUUCCUAUGUUACCAGUACUACUACAGGAAAUCUUUCUCCCACUGAUAACCCCCUCACAAGUACUCUUCCUCCAAGCAACCCUACCGACCCUGGAACUGUCAUCAUUAUAGUGCCAAGCUCCCCAACUUCUUCUAUACCUUUCGUCACUGUCACCACCACCAUAAGCACUCUCAACCCCACAGACAAUCCUAUCACGUCUACAAUUUCCCCAUCCGGGUCAACUGGCACUGGUACUGUCAUCGUGGAGGUCCCCCCUUCCAGUUCUCCAGUUUCUUCUAUCCCAUUUCUCACUACUACCACAACCGUUACUACCCUCAACCCAACAGGCGGUCCUAUCACUUCAACUAUUUCUCCAUCUGGGUCAACAGGAACAGGCACUGUUAUUGUUAUCGUACCAAGCUCCCAGGCGCCAUCUGCUUCCUCAAUUCCAUUUAUCACUAUUACCACCACUGAUAGUACCCUUAACCCAACACACAGCCCUAUAACAACUACUGUUUCUCCAUCUGGGUCAGCUGGCACAGGCACAGUCAUCAUAGAGGUUCCACCCUCAAGUUCCUCAAUCCCCUUUACUACUAUUACCACCACUGACACUACCCUCAACCCAACAGACAGUCCUAUUACAACUACUAUCUCUCCAUCUGGGUCAAGUGGUACAGGCACAGUCAUCGUGGAGGUUCCACCCUCAAGUUCCUCAAUCCCCUUUACUACCAUUACCACCACUGACACUACCCUCAACCCAACACACAGCCCUAUAACAACUACUGUUUCUCCAUCUGGGUCAGCUGGCACAGGCACAGUCAUCGUGGAGGUUCCACCCUCUAGCUCCUCUGCUGGAACAUCAUCCUCUGCUUCCAAUACGUCUAGUCCUAGCCAGACGACUACCGGUGAUGCUGCUUCGAGCACCUCAGAAAGUGCACCCGCAAGCAGUUCAGCUGCUUCGUCAAACUCGCCGUCUCAGGCACCCUCCAGCGCCAGUUCAGAGACAAGCAGCCCCGCCACUUCUUCUGCUUCUUCUUCUUCUUCUGCGCCUUCAACAAGCGGCGCGGAGACCAGCUCCGCUGCCAACCCCACCACCUCCAGCCCUGCUUCGUCAGCGGCUACCUCUGCCCCUGGUUCCUCUACAGCGUCUACUCCCAGCUCAUCCACCAUCGAAGCAGCCUCCAACUUUGACCCCUGCCCCGACAGUCUCUAUUCAAACCCCGAGUGUUGUUCCAUCGAUGCUGUUGGAGUUGCAGACCUUGAAUGCGAGUCACCCACUGAGUCUCCUACGGAUGCCUCCGACUUCCAAGCCAUUUGCGCUGCCGGUGGUAAACGAGCACGAUGCUGUGUUCUCCCUGUGCUUGGUCAAGCUCUUGUUUGUAUUAAACCCGUUGGCGUAUCGAACUAAGCUCAGCUUGGUACGUUUUGCAGGGAGAUGAGAUGAUGUUUUGGAGAGGCUGGGCUGAUGGGUUGCGAGUGACCUUUUGGAAGCCAUGCUUGGAUUGGAU